GUAGAGAGUAUCAAACAAAAGAUUUUAAACAUGAUGUUCACAUCCUUCACUUCUAGAGUGGUGUUCAUAUGGGCUACCCUUUUGACUGCAUGUUUUCUUGUAGCAUCUGAAUUAUCAUCAAUACAAUUAGAAAAGGAAGCUCUACUUAACACCAGUUGGUGGAGUUCGGAAAUAAAUUAUUCUUCAGAUCAUUGUCAGUGGCAUGGUAUCACUUGCGAUUCAACAGGGCACAUCAUAGAGAUAUUUAUGCAUAGUUAUGGCGUUGAAGGAGAGCUUAGCCAAUUUAACUUUUCUUGCUUUCCAAACUUAAAGAGUCUCAGUUUUUCAUCAUCUGAUCUCAACGGAAGCAUUCCAUCACAAAUUGGUGCACUUUCAAAGCUCAAAUUCCUCAAUCUGUCAAAUAAUCAUCUUACAGAUGUUAUCCCUUAUGAAAUUGGAAGCUUGAGCAAUCUCAUGGAACUAGAUUUGUCACUAAACUUACUCGGUGGACCAAUCCCUUCAUCGGUUGGUUGUUUGACCAAAUUGACCACUUUGUCUCUAUCUGUUAACUUUUUUACUGGAGCAAUCCCUUCAUCUAUUGGUAAUUUGACCAAAUUGACCACUUUAGAUCUGUCUAGUAACACUUUGACUAGAGCAAUCCCUUCAUCUAUUGGUAAUUUGAUCAAACUAUCUGCUUUAGAUCUGUCUAGUAACAAUUUGAUUGGAUCAAUACCGCCAAUUAUAGGUUAUUUAGCCAAUUCAAUAAGCUCUUUAGACCUAUCUCGUAAUAAAUUCCAUGGUCAAAUCCCUUCAACCAUUGCUAAUUUAACCAGUUUAGAAUAUUUAUUCCUUGAUUCCAACCAACUCAGUGGUCCCCUACCUCGAGAAAUUGGGAAUUUAAAGAACCUUAUGAUAUUACUUUUGAGGGGGAAUAACUUGAUUGGACCUAUUCCCUUAACAUUUGGUUAUUUAGCAAAUUUGAUCAAUCUUGCCCUUAAUUCUAACAAACUCAACGGCUCAAUUCCUGAUGAGCUCACCCAAUUACCCCAACUUCAAUUUGUAGACCUCUCUGAUAACAAACUUAGUGGUCACAUUCCUUUUGGCAUAAAGGGUUCCAUGAGGUUGACAAGAUUAAAUUUGAGCUAUAAUCAUUUGAAUGGAAGAAUUCCACUAAAGAUUGGAGGAGAAUAUUUAGCUCAAUUAGAUCUUUCCAAUAAUAACCUUUCUGGCACAAUCCCUGAUUCUCUCUUUCCAUGGGAGUACUUGGACUUAUCAUACAACAAUUUGGAAGGUCCAAUCCCACAUCAACUGCAAUAUUUGCACCAACAACUUAAAGGCAACAAAGGCUUAUGUGCUGAAGCUUUCGGUUUUACUCCUUGCGAUACUUCUUCAUCAGAAAAGAAGCCUAAAAUUACUUCCAUUCGUUUGAUAAUGAUUAUUCUGCCAAUCACCACUAUUCUUACCAUCCUGAUUUUUGGAUUUUUUUUCCUCAAAAGAAAGGAUAAAAAAGCUCUAUUGUCCACAUCCACAAGAGCAUCCAAAAUCAGAGAUGUAUUCUCAAUAUGGAACUUUGAUGGUAGAAUUGCAUUUGAAGACUUAAUUGAAGCAACAGAGGGUUUUGAUAUCAAAUAUUGCAUUGGAACUGGAGGUUAUGGCAGUGUUUAUAAAGCGCAACUACCCCAAGGUAAAGUAGUUGCUUUGAAGAAGCUUCAUAGUUUAGAAAUUGAGGAGUCAGCUUCCCUAAACAGCUUCCAAAACGAGGUUCGUGUACUGUCCGAAUUACGACAUCGAAACAUUAUCAAGCUUUAUGGAUAUUGUUUGCACAAAAAAUGCAUGUUUUUGAUUUAUGAGUAUAUGGAGAGGGGAAGCUUGUUUUGUGUUCUACGGAAUGAUGAUGAAGCUCUUGAGUUGGAUUGGACUAAGAGAGUAAACAUUGUAAAAGCUGUGGCACAUGCUUUGUCUUACUUGCAUCAUGAUUGCACAUCAUCAAUUGUUCAUCGUGACAUAUCAAGCAACAACAUUCUACUAAACUCAGAAUUGCAAGCGUUUGUUGGUGACUUUGGCGUGGCUAGAAUUCUUCAUCUUGACUCAUCAAAUAGAACCAUGUUAGCUGGCACUUAUGGAUAUAUAGCUCCAGAGUUAGCUUAUACUAUGGUUGUGACGGAGAAAUGCGACGUUUAUAGUUUUGGAGUAGUGGCACUUGAAGUAUUAAUGGGAAGGCAUCCAGAAGAAAUUCUCUCUUUAUCAUCAUCAUCAUCAUCAUCUACCCAAAAUGUAAUGCUAAUUGAUGUGUUAGAUUCUCGCCUCUCACCUCCAGUUAAUCGAAUAGUUAAGCAGGAAAUUGUGCUUGUUUCAACCAUAGCAUUCGCCUGCUUGCGUUCCAAGCCAAAGUCUCGACCUACAAUGAAGCGUGUGUCUCAAGAAUUUCUUAAGCAGAAAACAUCAUUCGCAAAAUCUUUUGGAGAAAUUUCCAUCUCAGAAUUGAGAAACCAAGAAAUGUAUUUGUUUGAUGAACAUGAUGCUUAAGCAUGGAUGUAGUUCAUUGGUGUUUCUGUGUUUUGCAACAUUUUUUUGAUAUUUAGCCUACAUUUCCUCGUUUCUUUUGUUUUGUAU